AUGUUGCAUCUCAUAUGGUUCAGCAGCCACAACAAAUAUGAUGAGUGCAAAAUCACGGAAUUAAAAUCGCUGCUGCAUAUAUUCGGGUACGAGGAUGAGGGGGAGGCACUGCUGAAUGACAGGGACAAACACAAGGGCGAAGUGUUUGUCAAGGUGAACCUCCCAGAAGAUAUAGAUUGGAAGAGCGUAAUUUCGAGAAGCGUUUUAAUAAAAGGGAUUAUACAAGUGUGGAGUGAAGGGACAACAUACGAUGAGGUAUUAAACGACUUGCUAAAGAAGGAGCACCUAUUUUCCAGCAAUUUGGAGGAUAAAAAAUGGCGUUUUCAUUUCAACUCCUUUGGGAAAAUGGUCAGCCAAAAUGAUAAAGUAAAAAAAAUGGAGCAUUUUAAAAUUAUACUCGAUAAGUAUCCUAAAGUCGAUUUGUCAUCCCCGGAAGUGGAGUUAAGUCUUCUGGAAGAGUAUGACCAGGGCAACCUCGGAAUUUUAAAAAAAAUAUUUUUUGGGAAAUCCAUGGCCCUACGAAAGAACAACAAAACUUUAGUGUAUAGAAGAAACGACGAAGGUCACAUGAUAAACGAUGUAAGAACCAAAAAGACGCAACUAGCAUGGUGGAUACAUUACUCUCUAAAUAAGAGACCCGUUCUGGGCCCCACCACAACUGACAACGAGUUAGCAUUCCUCAUGUGUAAUAUAGCCAAAGUGAAGGCAGGCCAUAUUGUCUUGGAUCCCUUCGUUGGGUCUGGAGGGCUGCUAAUCACGUCCUCCAUUUUUAACGCCAUAUGUGUAGGCAAUGACAUUGACAUAAGGCUACUCAAGGGAUAUAAAAUCGCCUACUUGAAUCCUCAUAUGCAACAUAAAAGUAGGAAUAAAAAUAUUUUUGAAAAUUUUUUGCAUUAUGAUUUGAGCCUUCCGGAGAUUCUCGUGUCCGAUAAUUCGAAGCCCGUCUGGAAUGCCUUUCACAAACCCUGGGUGGACGCCAUCGUUACGGACCCGCCGUAUGGGAACAGGGCCACCGUCCGCAUAUGCCUCAGGAAUACCCGCACGGGGGCCCCUGCCGAGGGGGAUAACAGCGAUGGCGAAGAUGGCGGCGAUAGCGGCGAAAGUGCGGAUAACCGCGACAGGUGCGACGUUGGCGAUAAAAGCGGACCGGGAUCCCCUCCCCAGUGCGACGUUGGUGAUAAGGAAGGACCGGGACCCCCUCCCCAGUGCAACAUCGUGGACCGUAAAAGAGCUCAUUGUCUCGAUGCAGCGGAAGUGUAGGAAGCCUUCUAAUUAGUGAUCCUCCCCCCAAAAAAGUUUUUGAUUUUCCCCACAGUGAGGAGCAACCAAAGGGGGGUUAGCGGAGAGGAAGCGUCUGGCUUCUCCCAUUUGACGAGCGCGCAAAAAGGCGCAUGCAGCGCCAUAGGCGUGUAAAAAAAAAUUGGCCUAAUGGUUGCCCAUUUUUGCCCCAUUUGUACUACCCGUUUGGCUUCCCCCGCCGUUUGCGUGUGCCAAAUUAAAAUUAAUUAAGCUCUGCGCGUGUGCCGUUUGAGUGUGCCAUUUGCGCGUACCAUUUGCGUGUACCUUUUGCGCGUGCAGGGCGUACUCCCCGCAUUCGCAUGUUUGUUCAAAAUUUUGCCAAAAAGUGCGUGCAGUGUGUAUCGCGGUGGAUCUCCUCACGUGCGUAAGCGCGCGCAUGGAGGUGUGCACAGGAGCAUACACUUACAUGUACACUCACUUGUUUGUUUUCAAAUCAUCAUGGUUUCGCCCCGGGCAGCGGCGCAGCGGCGCAGUGUCCCCUACAACCCCUCUUGUUUGUGUUAUCAUUUUUAAACAUUUUCAAUUCAUGCUUUUAAGAAAAUGCGUUGCAUUUUUCCAACCCACAUGUUUGCACGUUGUGCAUUUUUUCUUUCUUUUUUUUUUACAAUGUUAAACGAACCUCAAUCUUGUAAAAUAUUACAUUUUG